CUGUGAUUAGGCAACUGAAUCUUGUAUCGUCAAUUGAUUUGUUUUGGCUGACGUGGCGAGUUUGCAAUAUGGCCCCGGAGUAACGCAAGAUCCGCCUUCCUGAUUUCUUUAUUUACUUUAUUCUAUUUUUACACCAAAACUUCACAUAAAGAAAGACAUGGGGUUGACGCAGAGCACAGACGUACCCGAAGGAGGGACAGAUGGAUACCACGUACACGGGGUUCAAGAAGGUUCCCCGGCGGAGAGAGCUGGAUUGGAGCCAUUUUUUGAUUUUGUCGUUGCCAUGGGACAUACAAGACUGAACAAAGAGAAUGACACAUUGAAAGACUUGCUGAAGGCGAAUGUGGAGAAGCCUGUGAAGCUGGAGGUGUACAGUAUUAAGGCGAUGAAGGUGCGAGAGCUGGAGGUCGUUCCCAGUAACAUGUGGGGAGGCCAGGGGCUGCUGGGGGCCAGUGUCAGAUUCUGCAGUUUCCAAGGAGCCAGCGAACACGUCUGGCAUGUGCUGGAUAUCAAUCCCAAUUCUCCAGCAUCUCUAGCUGGUCUCCGUGCACAUACAGACUACAUAGUCGGAGCCGACCAGGUGAUUCAAGAUUCUGAGGAUUUCUUCUCCCUGGUGGAGUCCCAUGAGGGGAAGCCCUUGAAGCUGCUGGUCUACAACACUGAGACUGACCUGUGUCGAGAGGUUGUGGUUACACCCAAUGGAGCCUGGGGAGGGGAAGGAUGUUUAGGGUGUGGUAUUGGCUACGGAUACCUGCACCGAAUCCCAUCUCUUCCUGUAACACCAAAGACAGUCGAGGUCAAACCACCCUCCCCAGUGCCUGAAGAGGGUACCCCAGCCACAGUGCCAAGUAAUGGCUACACUGAGGUUGCACUGCUUGCCCCUUCAGUACAGUCAGAAACCUUGGAGGAAGCAAUGACCCUGGAGCAGGAUAUACCAAGCCAGCCAACAGAGAUCUCUCCACUACCACCCCCUAUUCAGAGGGUCAUGGAUCCAGGUUUCAUCGAGAUGGCUGAAGCCUCUCUUCCUGGGCUUGCAGACCUCGCUACGAUGCUGAAUUUGUCUUCCUCUGCUGGUGAUGUGGCAGACAGUUCCUUGCUAGGAGAAGAAGGGUCAGUGUUGAGUGAUGAGCUUAACCUCUCUAUUGAUGAGUCUGAAAAGUCAGUGCCGGAGCCUCUGCCUUCAUCAAUUGAACUGCCGCUCAAAGCCUCUGUGGUAGAGUCUGCGUUGCAGUGUGUUCUGGAGUCAACCUUCCCACAACCGAGCAGCACUUCCACGGGGGACAGCCAGAGCCUGGAAAACACGGACAUGCUGAUACAGAAAGAGCAGAGUGGGGAGGACCUUUCACAGCCGGAGAUUAGAGCAGAAGAGAGCAUGCAGUAAUAGGAGAUGUCUUUAAUGAAAGCGCUGGCUUCCUUUGUUGAGAAACUCAAAGCGCUGGGCGAAGGUUUAACACCCUGCCCCUUUUAAAGCCUGUGGGUGUGUUAAUUAACUGAGUGGCUCAGAGCGAGAAUUUCUCCCCCCUAGCUCUGAGCUGAGCCUGCUGUUCAAUGGGUUCUUUCACUGAACUGCUCGGAGCAGCUCACUUAUUUAAUGCACCCAGUGUUUCAACAAAAUUACUGCAGUCAUUAUUUUGUUUUUAGGAUCAUAAGAGAAGGUUUUCAGAAUUCCACAAACAGGCACUGGGACAAACUGAGGUACAGUUUGUAUGCAGGUCGUAAUGGUUUAUAUUUCAUUUACGAGGUACGUGGAACGAUGUGGAAUCUUUAAGGUUUGUUUCUUUUUUUAUAAAUUAGACGGUCUGUGAUUUUGUUUGGAAGAUUUCCAUAUUCUAAAGUAAUCAAGUUUGCUUAAUUUUAUUGCCUAACAAACGUUUCUGUUGGGCAGGCAUUAUUGGAUGAUGGGUCAGUGUUGAUUUUCUCUGGGAUUUCUUCAAGGUUUCAAUGAAAGGUCAUUGUUUAGUAAGCCAAAGUCCUGAACUCUAUAUAGUAAUAUUGACGUGUGUACAGCUAGAGAUCUUGUUACGAUCUAAGCAAGUAUAUAAAAUGCUAAAAUCAAAAUAGUACGUUUUAGUUGUAUAUAAUUAGUUUUUUGGUGGCUGUAUUGCAUUACAAAAUGCUCUUUGGAGAAAGUUCAACACUAAAACACAAGGAAAACAUUGUGAUAAAAUGUAGUAUUUUAAAUUGCAGGCUAUAUCACUUAUAAAUAAUGCAGAAUUGUGUCAUUUACAAUGGUUUUAAUGAUCAUAAUUUAUAAUGAUUAUCACAGUGUAUUUUAAUAGAACUUUACUUCUUUGUUCUGGGUAAUAAUUGGUAAUAUUAUACUUUAUAAGGUGCUGUCUGGACUCCCCUCUUGAGAUAAGUUGAGUUUUUGUACUGUUUUACGGGGAGAACAUGCAUUUGGUACUGCAUACCAAUAGAAGGAUUUAAAGAUACAGUUGCUCAGGUGAUGAACGUGGGCAUCCUUGUCAGAAUGACCUUCUUAACUUUUAGAUAAACUUCACUUCUUAAGCAGCAAUAUUUUAAAUAAUUAUUUAUAAAUAUAAGAAAUAUAUUUAAAUUAAAAAUGCAGCUACUGUAUGUUUUAUAUUUAUGCAACUCUUUUUGAUAUUAGGCAUUUUUCACUGAAGGCUUGAUAUGGGAUGUAAGCAGAAUCAUUGUCAGUGUUACUAGUUGCUGUUUGCACUGGAUAAGCUUUUCAGAACUAUGCAACCAUAUAUAAACUACUUUUAUGUAUGGCUUCUACAAAAACCUACACAUAAUAGCUACCUUUUGCCUAAUAUCAUUUAUAAAAAGCUUAUAGUUUUUGGUUUUCUUUACAAGUGAUCAAACUGCAUUGUUGACAGACAUCUCUAUGAUUUCUUAGUUUUCUACACAGUUGUUUGGCAAUACUGCGGAAAAGCACAACAUUGUUUUAAACAUGUUUUGUUUCUUGUCUGUAAUUUUAACAAUAUUUAAAGCACCUUUCGAUGUGUUUUGUGAGGUAUGGGGUUUUAUAAUUGUAGGCAAAACAUGAUUUGCUUACUAACCUGGCUGUCAAAAGUGUACAAUAGGUAUUAUUUAACACUGAAGGUAGAUUUGUUGGCAUAUUUCUGUUCAUUUGAGGGAUUUAGGGCUAUUGGGUCCUUGUAGCUGCUGGGCAAAGUUUAAAUAUUAAUGCACAGGGCCAUAAAUGCCAAUAAAAAUAUAUAAAAAAAAAAAAAAGAAACUAAAAUGUUUUUUUCUUGUGUAUUAAGGUUGAAUGAUAAUGUUUUUAGCAAGAAUGUAAUACAUAUUGACAACCGGUUAUGAAAGUCAAACGUUAGUGAAGAUGUAUUUUCUCUAUACUCAAUAAGCCAUUCCUUAUGCCUACAUAUAGUACAUUCACUGCAUUGUUGCAAGCAAGGAUAAAACACCAUUUGUUGUGUGAUGAGAUUUCCUGCUUUUUAUUUAUGUGGUCUUUCUUUUCCUCUAAUAAUUGAUAUCAAUCAAGUUUAAUGAAUGGAGUUGUGCUUUGGCAUCUCCUCCCCACAUUACAGGACCAAUCCUUUCAGAGGCUGCCAGUACCAGCCUUGCCAGCCAUAACCAAAGCGGCGGUGCUGUUUUCAGAACUGGCAUGGUACCCUGCUUUAAUAUACCACUGUUAAUAUGUGGUGACUAUUGUUAGUGUAAUUGUCAAAAACUUACAAUGUCUGUACGCAGCAUACAAAGGAAAUCAUUACUAUUUAAAUGCCCCACAGUAAGCAAUGGAACUUACGACUGUAAGUCGCCCUGGAUAAGGGCGUCUGUUAAGAAAUAAAUAAUAAUAAUAAAAUAACUGAUUCUGUUAUAUCUGGGACAGUUGCGGCUGCUAAAAAUCUGCUCGUGUUGACUCAAAACUUUAUUUAGGCUCUACAAUUCGACUGGCAAAAAAUCACAUUGGCUUAUUGGAGUUCACAAAGAAAACUUGCUCAGCUUGUUUCGGUAACCUUUUCACUUCCUUUGUUUAAUUAUUGAGCUUUUUGCUGUAUUACACAGCCCUUCAUUAAAAUGAUUGUCUUUAUUGGGGAGUGGGAACAUUAAAAAAGACUAGAUUCUGUGCUCUUACAUGAGUUCUCCCCAGUACGAGAAAAUGGUUUGCUAAUAGGGACUAGCCUUGAUGGGGCCUUUUCUCAUUCCCAAACAUUCCUUAUGUUCUUAUUUUCAACAGAAUCAUUUCAAUGGCACACUGUGCAUCUUUAACUAGCUCUCCUUACAGGUAUAUCCAUAGUCCAAACAUCAUGUGAGUGUGUGAUGAUAAUAACAUCAAUAUACGCUGUAUAGUCUAAUCCUAAUAUACUUACACAAUGAAAUAUAAACAUUACAACACUAUACAAGGUACCUACACAUUGAAAUAUAAACAUCACACAACACUAUACAAGGUACCUGCACAUUGAAAUAUAAACAUCACAACACUAUACAAGGUACCUGCACAUUGAAAUAUAAACAUCACAACACUACACAAGGUCAAGGUACCUGCACUGUGUGUUGAUCUGCACCCCUCAUCACACUGUAUUGCAGUACCAGCUGUGUAUGUACAGGCGUGUGCAGAUGUAUUGGAACACCUCACAAGCUGUCAUUUAUACCCUUUAUAUACACUCCUGCAUGAAAACACCUCGGGUGAGAAUUUACAUUUCCACUCAGUAAUCUGUCAUAUAGAAACAACAGGCACUCGUGUGUGAAAAUGUUAGACCACUUUGUGUUUUAAUUAGGCAUCUUAAUCUAAAAAGUUUUACCAUUUGUGGCUUUAUGUUCCUUUUCUUGUACUAUUUUAAAUUAAUUGCAUGUGUGGCCUAUUAAAGCCAUCAAUUAAAUUAGACUAUCACAAAUUAGUCUAUUUUUUAUUAUAUAUAUAUAUAUAUAUUUUUUACAAUUUUCCAAGAUUUUCACUUCCAGUGAUUUAGAGCUUGAACAGUUUUGUAAAGAAGAAUGGUCAAAUAUUGCCAAAUGUAGGUGUGCAAAUUUGAUAGAGACCUAUCCCAACAGACUCACAGCUGUAAUUGCUGCCAAAGGUGCUUCCACCAAGUAUUAACUCAAGGGGGUGGAGACUUAUCCAAUUAUGAUCUUUCAGUUUUGUAUUUUUAAUAUAUAAUCUUUUUCUCAAUAAAAACUUUUUUCCCCUUAA